AUGUUGAUAAAUAUAAAAAGCAUCUUAUGGGUGUGCUCAACCUUAAUAGCAACCCAUGCACUACAUAAAGUCAAAAUGGAAAAAAUUCCACCUGUUAAGGGCUCCCUCUCUGGAAAAGUCAGCCUACCUUGCCAUUUUUCAACCAUGCCUACCUUACCACCUAGUUAUAACACAACCAGUGAAUUUCUUCGAAUUAAAUGGUCUAAGAUUGAAGUUGACAAGAGUGGAAAGGAUUUAAAGGAGACAACUGUUCUAGUAGCCCAAAAUGGGAAUAUCAAGAUUGGCCAGGGUUACAAAGGAAGAGUGUCUGUGCCUACCCAUCCAGAAGAUGUGGGUGAUGCCUCACUCACCAUGGUCAAGCUGCGUGCCAGUGAUGUGGGUCUCUACCGCUGUGAUGUCAUGUAUGGGAUUGAAGACACACAAGACACUGUGUCAUUGACAGUGGAAGGGGUUGUGUUUCACUACAGGGCUGCAACUAGCAGGUAUACUUUGAAUUUUGAGACUGCAAAGAAGACGUGUUUGGACAUUGGUGCAGUCAUAGCAACCCCAGAGCAGCUCCAUGCCGCCUAUGAAGAUGGAUUUGAGCAGUGUGACGCAGGCUGGCUGUCUGACCAGACCGUUAGAUAUCCCAUUCGGACACCCCGAGAAGGCUGUUAUGGUGAUAUGAUGGGGAAGGAAGGAGUUAGAACCUAUGGAUUCCGUUCUCCUCUUGAAACUUAUGAUGUAUAUUGUUAUGUGGAUCAUUUGGAAGGUGAUGUGUACCACAUCACUGCACCCAACAAAUUUACCUUUGAAGAAGCUGAAGAAGAGUGUGAAAACCAGGACGCCCGGCUGGCGACAGUGGGGGAACUCCAUGCUGCUUGGAGGAACGGCUUCGACCAGUGCGAUUACGGUUGGCUUUCUGACGCCAGUGUGCGCCACCCUGUGACCGUGGCCAGGGCCCAGUGUGGAGGUGGUUUACUUGGGGUGAGAACCCUGUAUCGUUUUGAGAACCAGACAGGCUUCCCUCUCCCUGAUAACAGAUUUGAUGCCUACUGCUUUAAACCUAAACAGAAUAUAUCAGAGGCUACAACCAUCGAAUUGAAUAUCCUCGCAGAAACUACAUCACCAAGUUUACCCAAGGAACCACAAAUAGUACCUGACAGAACUACACCAAUCAUGCCUGUAAUCACUGAAUUACCUGUCAUUACAACCGAGUUCCCUCCUGUGGGAUAUAUAGUCAAUUUUGAACACAAAGUCCCAGUGCAGUCUCAAACUGUCACAGACAGAUUAGGCACGGAAACCUCUGAGCCUCCUGGGAGUACCAAGAAGCCAUGGGAUAUGGAUUACUUGCCUUCUGCUUCAGGACCACUAGGAAAGCCAGAUAUAUCUGAAAUUAAGGAAGAAGUGGCCAAAAGUACAACUGUCAUCUCCCGUCAUACUACUGAUUCAUGGGAUGGUGUCACAGAAGGUACACACACGCAAGAAUCAGUUACACAAAUUGAACAAAUAGAAGUGGGUCCCUUAGUAACAUCGGUGGAUAUCUCAAAGCAUACUCCUUUGAAGGAAAUCUCUGUCACUGAAGCACCAUUUCUACCCACAAGGGUGACCAUGGAAUCCAAAACUGGAAAAGAAACAAUAGGCACUAUUUCUGAAUCAGCAGCCACGAACCUCUAUGGGUUCACCUUGGGAAAUGAUCAUGGUGAAGACAGAACACUUACGGUUAGACCUGGUCAGAGCACCUUGGUCUUUAGCCAAAUACCUGAAGUUAUUACAGUGUCAAAGACUUCAGAAGACACCACCCACAUUCAACUGAAGGAAUCAGAGUCAAUCUUGGCUUCCACAAUUGUUUCAUCUGGUACUAUGCCUGACAGUGAUGAAGUAUCAGUGGAAGAGAAACAAGCUACUAGUAGGAUUACUGAGGCUUUUUGGGGCCAGUAUAUAUCUACCACACCUUUUCCACCACAGCAUGAGACAGAAGUAGAAUUGUUUCCUUCUUCUGGUGACAAAAGAUUGGCAGAGGGAAUAUCAACAGUUACUUAUUCCUCUCCACAAACAGAAAUGACACAAGGGAAAGAAAGAAUAGAAACACAAAGGCCGGAAAUGAGAACAGAUACUUAUACUAAUGAUGAAAUACAGGCAAAAAUCACCAAAGAUCCAUUUAUAGGAAAAACAGAGGAAGAAUUCUUCUCUAGAAUGAAGGUAUCUACAGCAUCCUCUGAGCAGAUUCAUCCUACAGGGUCUUCUGUAGAAAUGACAAAAUCUUCUGAGUCUCCAGCACUGACAACAACAAAGCCAAGUGUGCAGACUACAGAAGAAAGAGAUCUGGAAGAAGAAUUUGUAACAACUCCAGUUGGGUUACAAACUGAUGGUUAUCAAGAUACUACCAAGUAUGAUGACAGUAUUACAACAGUGCAUUUGACUCACAGUACUUUAAAUGUAGAGGUGGUCACUGUAUCAAAAUGGUCAUGGGAUGAAAGUAAUACAACAUCAAAGCCUUCAGAAUCUGCAGAACAUGAAGGUUCUCCAAAAUUGACCCCUGCCUUACUUACACCUGAAGGAGGGAAUGGAGAGGAUGAAGUAAUCCCAAGAUCCACUGAACAUGGAGAUGGAUUUACUCUUAUUCCAGAUACUACUCAAAAGCCAUUAGAGGAGAUAACUGAAGAAUACUUAACAGACCAUGGACAAUUCACUGUUAGACUUCGGCCAGCUACAUCAAUUAGUAUUACAGAAAAGUCAACGAGGGAUUCUAUAACUGAAGACAGAGUUUCAUCUAUCUCAAGAAAUGAAAGCCAAGUUUUUUAUACAACCACAGAAGGAAGUGCUUUGGACGAAGGAACAGAUGAGGACAUCUCUAAGCCAAUGUCUACAGUCCCCCAAUUUACACACAUUUCAGAUGUGGAAGGAUUGGCAUUUAUUAAUGAGAGUAUCACCCAGAAGCCUACUACUUAUUUAGACACGUCCCCUACCAUUCCUCUUUCUGUAAUUCCCAAGAAAGAAUGGGGAGUUGUGGUACCUUUUGUUCCAUCAGAAGGUGAAGUAUUAGGUGAGCCCUCUCAAGACAUACAUGUCAUUGAUGAUACUCACUUGGAAGCAACUAUUUUUCCUGAAACCAUAGGAGCGACAACAGAAAUUACACAGGAAACAACUCAGGAAGAAGUUCCCUGGAAAGAACAGACUGAAGAGCAGCCAGUUCCAGCUCCCAGUUCUACAGGUGAAACGCCCAAGGAAGCAACAAUAUCAUUGCAUGAACAAGAGAGUGAGGGGUCAGCAUAUCCAAUCCCAGAAGACAAAUUGGUGACAGGUUUGGAGAGAGUCACCAUUUUAGAAACAACUCCAGCUGGAAAACUUGAGCACAGUGUGUCUUAUUCUCCUGGUGCUAUAACUGAGCACAAAGUGAAAAUGGAUGAAAUGGUAACACUAACACCAAGUGUGGGGAUGAAAGUAUCUUUAAGUCCAAGGCCUGAACAGAAAUAUAAAACAGAAAGCAGUCCAAAGGAAAUUGAAUCACCUUUGAGACCUUUCAGCACCCAUGUUACCCAGCUGAUAGAAGAAACCACUACCGAGAAAAGAGAGGAAACAUCGCUAGAUUAUAUUGAUUUAGGCUCAGGAUUAUUCGAAAAGCCCAAAGUUACAGAGCACUCGGAAUUUUCAACAAUUAAAGCUACAGUUCCAAGUGAUAUUACUGCUACCUUUAGUUUAGUAGACAAAUUUCACACAAUGUCAACAUCUGUGCCCUCUUCAGCAUCCACUGAGAAACCACCUCUUAUUGACAGGGAACCUGGUGAGGAAACAACAAGUGACAUGGUAAUCAUAGGAGAAUCAACAUCUCCUGUUCUUCCCACUACCCUUGAUGAUAUUGUAGCGAAAGAAACAGAAACUGAAAUUGAUCGAGAGUAUUUCACAACUUCAAGUACUUCUGCACAGCCAACAAGACCACCCACUGUGGAAGGCAAAGAGCCCUGGAAACCCCAGGCAGUUUCCACCCCAGAACCCCCACUGGGGACAAAAUUCCACCCUGACAUAAAUGUUUAUAUUAUUGAGGUCAGAGAAAACAAGACAGGUGGAAUGAGUGAUUUGAGUGUAAUUGGUCAUCCAAUAGAUUCAGAAUCUAAAGAAGAAGAACCUUGUAGUGAAGAAACAGAUCUAGAGCACGAUCUAAUUACUGAAACUUUACCUGAGAUAAUUGAAAUACAUAUAUACCCCAGUGAAGAAGAUGAAGAGGAAGAUGAAGACUGUGCAAAUGCUACUGAUGAAACAACCACCCCAUCAGUGCAGUACAUAAAUGGGAAACAUCUAGUGACCACCGUGCCCAAGGACCAAGAAGCCGCAGAAGCUAGACGUGGCCAAUUUGAGAGUGUUGCUCCUUCUCAAAAACUUUCAGACAGUGGUGAAAAUGAUAAUCAUCAGUUUGUAAUAGCUGAAACGGAAUUGUCUACUGCAGUGCAGCCAGGUGAAUCUAAAGAAUCUGAAUCAUUUGAGAUGACAUGGAAGCCUGAGACUUACCCUGAAACACCAGAACACUUUUCAAGUGGUGAGCAUGAUGCUUUCCCCACCGUCCAAUUCCAUGAGGGAGAAGCCACAGAUGGGGCAGACUCAGUCACAGAGAGAGGUCCUGAACUUGAUAAUCUGGUGCAUAAAAUUACUGAAUCAAUACCUCUGCUUCCUGAGGAAACUUCAGGAAAUGCUGCCAUUGAUGAAGAAUCUCAGAAAGUAGUCUUUUCAGGGGCUACAGAAGUAACGUUUGGUGAGGAGGCAGAAAAAAGUACUUCUAUCACAUAUACUCCAAGCAUCGUUCCUAGUUCUGUGUCAGCAAAUGUUUCAGAAGAACAGUCAGUUACCCUAACAAGAAAUCCACAACUGGAUGAUGCAUUGUCCACCAUGGAAAGCUGGGUAGAAGUAACUCCUAGACGUACUGAAGGGUUCUUAGGGACUUCUUCCUCAAUUUCUAUGCCAGAAGGCUCUGGGGACGGAGAAGAAGAUAAAAUGUUCACUGUGGUCACUGAUUUAUUACAAAGAAAUACUACACAUACACAAGGUACUUUAGACACUAGCAAGGUAAUGAUCACAGAAAACCUUUAUCCUGUUCCUUUAACCACCAUUUAUUCUCCUUCUGAACAACCUUCUGCAGAAAUAAUACCUACCAAAUUUAUAAGUGAAGCAGACACAUCUGAAUGGAUUUCCAGUACAUCUCUUGAAGGAAAGAAAAGGAAAGACGAGGAGGAGGAAACUCCAGGUACAGCUUCUAUAGUUGAGAAAGAUUCACCCACACAGAGGUCAGAUCAGUUAAUUUUAUCUUCUGAAUUAGAAAGUUCAAAUGAAACUACAUCUAGUGAUUCAGCAUCUGCUACUAGGAAAAGUACUAUAUCCUUGACAACAGCCACACAGUCUGAAAGGGAAAUGACAAGUUUUACUCUUGUCUUUACAGACACAAAUGUUUUAGGCAAUUUGGGGACACAGGUCACUGAGCACAGCAGUAGUAGUCAUCCCGAGGUUCAGAAAGUGUUGACCACUGUACCAGGUAUCCCUGUUUCUCUCUUUAUGGAGCAGGGCUCUGGAGAUGCUGCUACUGAUCCAGAAACCACCACUGUUUCUUCAUUUUUGUUAAAUUUGGAGUCUGAUAUCCAAACCAAAAAGGAAGCAACUAGUACUUUGUCUUCCCAUGUGGAAAAUACAUUCCCUUUUGAACCAACAGGAUUCAUUUUGAGUACUGUAAUGGAUAGACAAGUUGCUGAAAUUAUAAGCCAAACGUCCAAGGAAAACUUGAUUUCAGAGGUAUCAGGAGAGCCAAGUCAUGGGGCAGAAAUAAGGAGCUUUCCUACAGAUUUUCCUUUGGAGGAAGAUUUCAGUGGCGAAUUUAGGGAAUACUUGACAGUGCCUCCUCCCAUAACAAAAGAAGAAACAAUAAUGAUGGAAGGCUCUGGAGAUGUAGCUUUUAUGCAUACUCAAACUUCACCUUCUGCAGUAGCUACUUCAGAUCACAUGUAUCAGGUGACUGACUCAGAAGGACCUAGUAAAAUCAUGGUCAGUACUUCAGCCUUCCCUUGGGAAGAGUUCACAGCCUCAGCUGAGGGCUCAGGAGAGCAACUGGUCUCACUCAGCAGUUCUGUUGAUCAGGUGCUUCCUAGUUCCAUAGGAAAAGUUUCUGGUACAGAGUCCCCACUUAUUGACCAAGGAUUGGGAGCUAUCACUGAAGUUGAUAAAAGACUUACUGUUAUACCAACAGCAGAAGCCAAAGGUAUGGAAGCUCCAACAGCAAAGGGGGAAGUAAUGGUUGGUGGCACAGUUUCAGUGGACUUUUUCCAAACUUUGGAGCCAGUAAAAUUAUGGCCCAGGCAAGAAAUCAACCCUGUAAGACAAGGAAUUGAAAAUAAAACAGGAUUAGAGGAAAAGAGUAUAGAACAAAAGUCUUUUGAAUAUCCCCAGAGCUCUGUUGCAGCAGAGCAAACCAUUUCCAAUUCAGAAACAUCUACGGGAAUUGAGGUCCUAACCACAGAUUAUUCUACAUUAACAAUAGAGAAAACUUAUAGUAAUGGCAAUGAGAUGGAGGAGGAAGUCAUUCCUUCAGUAUACAUGUCUAUGCCAGAUACACAGAGCUUGGAACCAUACGCUGCUACCCCUGAAGCUACUGAGAAAUCACACUUUUUCUUAGCUACUGCCUCAGUGACUGAAUCUAUACCAUCUGAAAAUAUGGUUACAGAUUCAUCCAUCAAAAAGGAGGAAAGUAUAAAACUCUUUUCCAAAGAUGUAGGAUCGACAAUUAAAGAGUCUGAUACUGAUAUCUUAUUUUCUGGACUGGGAUCAGGAGAAGAAGUUUUACCUACUCUAGCUACAGUAUCAGUGAAUUUUACUGAAAUGGAACAAAUUAUUCAUACAUUACAUCCCCAAUCAUCUCAAGUGGAAGAUUUAGAAACAAGGGUCUCGAGUGAUGAAACUGAAGACUAUGAGGGAAUGGAAAAUGUAACAAAUGAAGUUAGACCACUCAUUUCCAAAACUGACAGCAUCUUUGAAAGUAGCCAAACAACAUCCAGCUCCACCUUAAUGGGAAUUUUAAGUGAUACCAGAGCAGAAGAACCCACUGUGGUACCUCUCAUCUUUCCCACAGACACUGGACAUCCUCAAAAUCAGACUCUCAGUUGGGCAGAAGAAAUGCAGACUAGUAGAACACUAACUAUGACUGAACAAGUCUCCAAUGAGGGUUCUUCAACAGCAGAAACUAAAGAAACAACAACCUCUUCUGCUUUUCUGGCUAGAACAUAUGGUCUUGAAGUAGCCAAAGGAUUUGUUACAUCAGCACCAAAACCAUCUGAACUGUUUUAUGAACAUUCUGGAGAAGGAUCUGGGGAAUUAAGUUUGGUUGAUUUAGUCCAUACUUCUGGAACUACUCAGGCAACCAGACAAGGAAGUGCCACAUUUGUUUCAGACAGAUCCCUGGAAAAACAUCCCCAGGAUCCCAGUGCUAACGCUGUUACUACUGAUGGAUUCCCAACAGUUUCAGUAGUGCUUUCUCUUCGUUCAGAGCAGAAUGAAAGCUCCCCUGAUCCAACUAGUGCACCAUCAACUACAAUGUUGUAUAUGCAGUCCACAGAGGGUGCUGAAGGUAGUUUUCCAGACACCUUCAGAGGAUUUGAGGACUCCUCUUUAAAGCCUGACAGAAGAAAAGCCACAGAAAACAUUAUUAUAGAUCUGGACAAAGAGGACAAAGAUUUAUUAUUGACAAUUACAGAGAGUCCCAUCCUGGAAAUUCUACCUGAGCUGACGUCAGAUAAAAAUACUAUCAUAGAUAUUGAUCACACUAAACCUAUAUAUGAAGACAUCCUUGGAAUGCAAACAGACCCAGAUCCAGAUGUACCAGCAGGACUACAUGGCAGUAAUGAAGAAAUUGCCCAAGUUCAAGAGGAAUAUAGUACAACUCUUAAUCCUUCUUUAACUGAAGAAAAACUUGAGGGUUCUGGUGACACUCUUCUCACUAGCUACACUCCGGCAACACAAAAUGAAUCCAUGACUUCUGAGGACAGAAGCCGAUUAGAUCACACGGGUUUUAUCUUCACAACUGGAAUCCCUGUCCCUAGCACAGAAUUAGAUAUUUCACUUCCGACAGCAGCAUCCCUGCCUGUUCCUAACAAAUCUUCCACAGUUAAUCCAGAGAUUGAAGAGCUGAAAAUUGAAACUAAAACCUUGGAUGACAUUUUUGAAUCAAGUACUCUGUCUGAUGGUCAAGCUAUUGCAGACCAAAGUGAAAUAAUAUCAACGUUGGGCCAUCUGGAAAGGACACGGGAGGAAUAUGAAGAAAAGAAAUCUGUAGGCCCUUCAUUUCAGCCAGAGUUUGCUUCAGGAGCUGAGGAGCCAUUGAUAGAUCAUACACCCUAUGUAGAUAUUGGUACCAGCCACCUUACGGCUCAGAGUUUAACAGAGGCACCUUAUGUGACAGAAGGAUCCAGUCCGCCAGGUUAUACUGAUACAACACUAGCAGUUUCAGCAUUUGCGAAGUUGCCCUCUCAGACACCAUCAUCUUCAGUCACUGUCCACUUAGGCAGUGGAGCCUCUGAACACAUAGAGGUCCUUGAGCCAAGUACUCUGCCAGGUACAGGUGUGGGAGCAUCUCAGACGUCCUCUGAAGAUUCUGUCAAGGAAGUUUAUGCAAAUAUUGAAGCAACAUUCAAACCAUCACCUGAAAAACACUUUCACAUAACUGAGCCUCCAUCCUUGUCUUCCAACACAGAAUUAGAACUUUCAGAAGAUGAAAGUAAACUUAAGUUAUUAGAAGAAAUGGGAGGUUCUCCUACAGCACUAAUUGCUGAGGAAGAAAUUGAGGUUCAUCAAUACUCCAAAAACAAAACCUACGUUCAGCUUCCCAGAGAAAUAAUCCAGGAGUUUCCCAGUAUCACAAUGGAUGAAACUGGAACUGUUGUCACAGCUGCAGGUGGAAUUAGGUUAGAAGGUGCUUCACGAUGGCCACAUUCCACUUCUGCUCCUGUGACUCACGGGGUUGAGACACAUGUGGUGCCUCAUCCUGGCCCACUCUCUUCUGAGAAGCCCACCAUUCCUUCUUUGGAGAUAAACCCUGAAACACAAGCAGCUUUGAUCAGAGAGGAGUAUUCCACAGUAACAGCAUCAGAACAAGUAUCGGCGAGAAUUCUUGAUUCCAGUAAUCAGGCAACAGUAAGCACUGCGGAGUUAAACACCGAGCUAGCAACACCAUCAUUUUCCCUUUUGGAACCUUCUAAUGAAAGCGAUUUCCUGAUUGGCAUUAAUGAAGACUCAGUGGAAGGCACAGCAGUCUAUUUACCAGGACCUGAUCAUUGCAAAAUGAACCCAUGCCUUAACGGUGGCACCUGUUAUCCUACUGACACUUCCUAUGUAUGCACCUGUGUGCCAGGAUACAGUGGAGAUCAGUGUGAACUUGAUUUUGAUGAGUGUCACUCUAACCCCUGUCGGAAUGGAGCCACAUGCAUUGAUGGUUUUAAUACAUUUACAUGUCUCUGCCUUCCAAGCUAUGUUGGUGCACUUUGUGAAAGAGACACUGAGACAUGUGACUACGGCUGGCACAAGUUCCAAGGGCAGUGCUACAAAUACUUCGCACAUCGGCGCACUUGGGAUGCCGCUGAAAGGGAAUGCCGUCUUCAGGGCGCCCAUCUUACAAGCAUCCUAUCUCUCGAGGAACAAAUGUUUGUGAAUCGUGUGGGCCAUGAUUAUCAGUGGAUAGGCCUCAAUGACAAGAUGUUUGAGCAUGACUUCCGUUGGACUGAUGGCAGCACACUACAAUAUGAGAACUGGAGGCCCAACCAGCCAGACAGCUUCUUUUCUUCUGGUGAAGACUGUGUUGUAAUCAUCUGGCAUGAGAACGGUCAGUGGAAUGAUGUUCCCUGCAAUUACCAUCUCACCUAUACCUGCAAGAAAGGAACAGUUGCUUGCGGCCAGCCCCCUGUUGUAGAAAAUGCCAAGACCUUUGGAAAGAUGAAACCUCGUUAUGAAAUCAACUCUCUGAUUAGAUAUCACUGCAAAGAUGGUUUCAUUCAGCGUCACCUUCCAACCAUCCGGUGUCUAGGAAAUGGAAGAUGGGCUAUACCUAAAAUUACCUGCAUGAAUCCAUCUGCAUACCAAAGGACUUAUUCUAAGAAAUACUUUAAAAAUUCCUCAUCAGCAAAGGACAAUUCAAUAAAUUCAUCAAAACAUGAUCAUCGUUGGAGCCGGAGGUGGCAGGAGUCGAGGCGCUGA